AUGACAACUGACUGGAAGUGCAGUGCCAAUGCGUACUAUAUCUAUGUACAUCCAUAUUUACCUUUGUUGCCACCGCCAGUGAGUCAACAGCAUAAAGAUCAGCCCACAGUGAUCCGACCUCCUGGGGAAAGUACUCAACCAGAAAAGGCCCAUAUGCCUUAUUGGCCAACAUCAUCUCUGAGCCUUGCAUUGUCCGCAAUGCUGGUUCUCAUACCUACCGCUGCAGACCAAGUCCCAGUGGCCGAAAAUAGUCUUUCACUGAGGCGGUCGUAUGCGCAACUAUUUGCCCAGGCAGCACUGGCUGCUGUCGAGACAGAGGUUGACGCUUUGUCCCCUACAUUGCGCAUUAACGUUACAGAUACAGAUUCUUUUCGUACGCAAAGUAGUUUGCACCCUCAAGUUCCUGCUCAGCUUGAUCCUAUUCUGGCGCUCGUCGUCUUGAGUAUUUAUGAGUACUGCCAGCGUGGUAAUGUAUCCAGAAUGCGGGCUCGUGGGAACCAGGCUAUCACGACUGCGAUGGAUAUCUCGCUCCAUGCGCUGAACUCAACGACAACUGAAUAUUCUGAGGCACAGAGACGAGCCUGGUGGAUGACACCACCAAUUGUUUACUGGGAUGAUCCACGAAUAACUACUCCUUAUCCCAAAUUUGAGGUCUAUCUGGAGGUAUAUAUUCAAGCUCUACUAUGA